UCAGCGCUGUAACUACUGUAACUGGACACAUGGGACAGUCAGUCCAGAUUAGAUGCCCCUAUGAUUCUGGAUAUGAGACCAACACGAAGUAUCUCUGCAGAGGAGAAUGUUCUGUGUGGGGAACUAAAGACAUUCCUGUUCAAUCUGGAUCUGCUGAAGAUCAGAGAUUCUCUCUGGAUGACGACACAGCAGCCAGAGUCUUCACCAUCACCAUCACUGACCUGAGACCAGAGGAUGAAGGAAGAUACUGGUGUGGGGUAAAGAGGCCUAAACCACUUCCUGACCUUUACACAGAGAUCCUUUUACUGGUAAAACUGGAUCCCACAAAACCUUCUGCUAUCUCCCAGACCACACAUCUUCCUCUUCUCCCAACUACAGGAACAUCUGAUGACAGUAAUGUCUCCCAGUCUACUCCAACAUUCUCUGUUAAGGCCACACAACUGCUUACUUCUUCAGGUUCCAUUAUUCUGUACGUGUGUGUUUCACUGCUGGUCUCUGGAAUCUGUCUCGGCGUUCUAGUGCUGUUCUCCACACGACGGAAGAAAUUAAAUACAUUAUCAGGUUCCCUUAGCUCAAUAAUAUCACAGAGGGAUUCCAGAAGACAUGAGGACAGAACCAACAAUGAGAACUAUCCAUAUGAAAAUCACCACUCCAUCAUAAUCAAUCCAGUCUACCAGAGGGAGAACCCCGAAACCAGCCAUUCAGACUCAGUCUAUCAGAGAGGGAACCCUGAUACCAGCCAGGCAGACUUUCAGAAUGUUAACAUCAGUAUCCAACAAUCUGAUGUACUCUAUACGAGUGUAACGCCCAGAACAAACCAAUCAGAUCCAGUGUACCAGAGUAUAAACCCUAACACAAAAAAGUCCAAAUUAGCCAAGCUGAAUGUACAUCCCAACACCAGCCAACCAGACUCACUCUACCAGAACAUAAGAGAUACCAGCCAAUCAGAUUCAGUCUACCAGAUCAUGAACAUAAACCAAUCAGAUUCAGUCCUUCAAAGCCAAGACCCAAAAGCCGCCCAGUCUGAUUCUGUCUACCAGAUCAUGAACCCCAAAACCAACCAAUCAGAUUCAGUCCAUCCAAACCAAGACCCCAACACCACCCAGUCUGAUUCAGUCUACCAGAUCAUGAAUCCCAAAACCAACCAAUCAGAUUCAGUCAAUCCAAACCAAGACCCCAACACCACCCAGUCUGAUUCAGUCUACCAGAUCAUGAAUCCCAAAACCAACCAAUCAGAUUCAGUCAAUCGAAGCCAAGACCCCAACACCACCAAGUCUGAUUCAGUCUACCAGAUCAUGAAUCCCAAAACCAACCAAUCAGAUUCAGUCAAUCAAAGCCCAGACCCCAACACCACCAAGUCUGAUUCAGUCUACCAGAUCAUGAAUCCCAAAACCAACCAAUCAGAUUCAGUCGAUCGAAGCCAAGACCCCAACACUACCAAGUCUGAUUCAGUCUACCAGAUCAUGAAUCCCAAAACCAACCAAUCAGAUUCAGUCGAUCGAAGCCAAGACCCCAACACUACCAAGUCUGAUUCAGUCUACCAGAUCAUGAAUCCUAAAACCAACCAAUCAGAUUCAGUCCUUCAAAGUGAAGACCCCAACACCACCAAGUCUGAUUCUGUCUACCAGAUCAUGAAUACCAAGAGCAACCAGUCAGAUUCCGUCUACCAGAAUCUUAAUCCCAACACUAAUGAACUGUAGCCCAAUGAAUCUUAUCAAGCUGCUCAGUUGUCACUUGUCCUACCUUGUUGCAUAAAUCACUGAUUUGCUUUUAAAUUGACAUUGAAACAGUUUUAAACUUGCACAAGGAAAACAACUGGGGGAGUUUAACAAAAACUUGAGACCUGAUAAAUUACCAUUUACAGGCUCAGUAGAUAGUCAGGCACAUGGCACCAAGAACUCAACACUAAGCUCUUAAUCCAUAGAGUUUAAUAUGAUAUCAGCCCACCAUUUGCAGCUAAAACAGCUUCAACU